AUGCCGUCACUCAUCGGCUCAGUCAACCACUUCGAUAUCAAACGCAAAGCUCACGGCCUCAGCCGCCGGAGUCAGGAGCAAACAUGGAACCCAUUCCGUCACGUAUCAUGGGAGAACCAACCCGGUAAACGAUCCACCUGGGAUGGCGCCAAUCUUGAGGCACAGCGCGAGGUGCCCGCGGAAGAGAGGGAAACCGACGAGGCGAUACAUCACGUCCAGAGCGAGCCCGCACCUAGAGAUUCCGAGACAGUACGCAACAGUUUGGGCAAGGAGACGAGAUCAGGGACAGGAAGCGGCAGCGGCGACACAAUGUUUGAGAACAAGCCCGAGGACGGUGGAGUAAGGAAUCGAAAGACGGAAAACUCACCAGGCGAGAAUCUGCCGCAAGAUGAGGAGGAGGGGCCCAAGGCCAAGAAGCAGAAGUCCGGUCUGAUUCGACACGUCCAGCCGAAAACGCCAUUCACCGUCGCCAACCAGCUUCAAAGAACCCUGCUCAGCUCAUAUAUCAACAUUUUGAUCUUGGCAGCACCCGCCGGUAUCGCCAUCAGCUACGUUUCCUCUGUCAACAAAAUUGCCGUAUUCGUCGUCAACUUCAUCGCCAUUAUCCCUUUGGCAGCCAUGCUGGGUUUCGCAACCGAAGAAAUCGCACUGAGGACGGGUGAGACACUGGGAGGUCUUCUCAACGCAACUUUCGGAAACGCCGUCGAACUCAUUGUCGCCAUUCUCGCCUUGGCCGAAGGAAAGGUUUUGAUUGUGCAGACGUCACUCAUUGGCUCCAUUCUCUCCAACCUGUUGCUCGUCAUGGGCUUCUGCUUCUUCUUUGGCGGAAUCAACCGACCCGAGCAAUACUUCAACACCACCGUCGCCCAGACCGCCGCAUCACUCUUGGCUCUCGCUGUUGCCUCCGUCAUCGUCCCCACCGUCUUCGACAAGAACGACGGCACCGACAACACCGUCCACGUCGCCGCUCUCUCCCGUGGCACAGCCGUCAUUUUGCUCAUUAUCUACGCCUCGUACCUGUUCUUCCAGCUCAAGACCCACAAUGCCGUCUUCAACGAGGAGUCUCAAAAGGUUGCCGCCAAGCCCUGGAGCCGCGGCGGCUUGAAGGAGGGCGCUCUCGCUCGCGGAUUGGCCGGCACUGGAGCGCGCAUGGCUCAGACCGGUGUCCGCGGAGAGAGUGAGAACGAGAGACAGGAGCUGAGCCGCAUGAUGAUGCAACGUCACGAGGAAGAGGAUGAUGAAGAGGAGGAGCCCCAGUUGCACUUCUUGGUCGCCGUCGGCACUCUCACCGGAGCCACCGUUCUCAUCGCCUUCUGCGCCGAAGCCAUGGUCAGCUCCAUCGACUACGUCACCAAGGAGGGCGGUAUCAGCGAGGAGUUUGUCGGUCUCAUUCUCUUGCCCAUUGUCGGUAAUGCCGCCGAGCACGCCACUGCUGUCACUGUCGCUAUCAAGGACAAGAUGGAUCUCGCCAUUGGUGUCGCCGUCGGUUCGUCUAUGCAGGUUGCGCUGUUCCUGAUUCCAUUGUUGAUCAUCAUCGGCUGGGGUAUGGGCAACGACGCCAUGACGCUCAGCUUCGACCUUUUCCAGGUUGCUGUGCUGUUCGUCGCCGUUCUUUUGGUCAACUACCUGAUUGCCGAUGGCAAGAGUCAUUGGCUCGAGGGGCUGCAGCUCAUUUGUCUGUAUGCCAUUAUCGCAACAUGCUCAUGGUGGUACCCCGCCACUGGUGUUGCCGGCUAA